AUGGACAGAGGAGACCGAGCUGGGAGAACCAGGAAUGAAAAAGUUUUGAACUGCUUAUACCAAAAGCCUGAUGCUGUUUUUAAGCUGAUUUGCUUUCCCUGGGCAGGAAGUGGCUCCAUUUAUUUUGCCAAAUGGGGCCAAAAGAUUCAUGAUUCACUGGAAGUGCACUCCAUAAGACUUGCUGGAAGAGAAAGUCGGUUAGAAGAACCUUUUGCAAAUGACAUCUACCAGAUAGCUGAUGAAAUUGCUUGUGUUCUGCUGCCGGUCAUCCAGGAUAAACCAUUUGCAUUUUUUGGACACAGUAUGGGAUCCUAUAUUGCUUUUAUGACUGCACUACACCUAAAAGAGAAACAUAAGCUAGAACCAAUACAUUUCUUUGUGUCAAGUACAACUCCUCCCCAUUCAAAGGCCCGGCUUCCUGUUCCCAAACACGAUGAAUUAUCAGAAGAACAAAUUGGUCAUCGCCUUAUGGAAUUUGGAGGCACCCCCAAGAAUUUUGUUGAUGACAAGGAACUUUUACGACAAUAUAUUCCCACACUCAUGGCAGAUGUGCAAAUAAUUGGUAAUUACACCUUUGAUGCACCAUCUGAGGCCGUUCUUUCUUGUGACUUAACAUGCUUUCUUGGAUCUAACGACAUAGCCAAGGAUAUGGAAGCCUGGAACGAUGUAACCAGUGGAAGAUUUAAUAUUCGUGUGCUUCCAGGAGAUCACUUUUAUCUCAUGGAACCUGAAAACGAGAAGUUUGUCAAGAACUACAUAACCAAGUGUCUAGAAAUAUCAUUGCUUACUGAUUUUUAG